UAGAUAUAAAAAGUUCGUGUUCAUCAACAAUCAUGCAAUCCUUUGUGUGGGACCCACCUGUCAUCCGGCCCAAACAAACCUUACACCAUCGGCUGACCACGUCGCACCUCCCUGAUCGCGCUCCCCCCUUCGCCCGCAUUCCCUCCCGAUUCCUCCCGCAACCCCCUCCCGUGUCGACGGUUCCUUCACCGCCGUCGGCCGCCGCUCAUGGAAUCCCGGUCGCCGCUCCCUUGUCUGCCUGCUCUCCCGCUCCCCCCUACCACCACUUCCCCCGCCGCCACUGCCUCCUCCGCCUCUUGUAGGAGUCGCUCGCCUCCUCCUCGCACGUGCCGGCCGGAGCUACACGCCCUACUCGCCUCCUCGCGCGCGCAUGCCGGACAACCGGGCGCCGCUGUCUACCCUCGCGCCUGAUCUGUCAGCACCGCCGCCGCGCGCCCGCCCGCCGGAGCCGCGGGCCGCAUCACCGUCGCUGCCUCCCGCCGGAGCCGCUCGCCUCGUGCGAUCCCGCCGCCGCAACUCCGCUCGCGCGCGGCUGCGCUCCCUCCGCCGCCGCCUCCCGCCGGAGCCGCUCGCCUCGUGCGAGCCCGCCGCCGCCCCUCCGCUCGCGCGCGUCUCGCCGCCGCCGCCUCCCGCUGGAGCCGCCCUACUUCCCGCCUCGCCGCCGUCGCCGGUCUCCUCCGUGCCGCACCCAAUCUCCGUCCCCGCCUGCCGCCGCCUCCUCCUCCUCCUCACACGCCCACACUACUCCACGGUGCUCCCUGCUUCUCUGCUCGCGCCGCUUUCAGGUCCGUCCGCCCUCGCCGCCUCGCGCCCUCGCCGAUUUGUUCCACCCGUCCCCGAUGGGUGCAGAUCCGGCUUCCUAGACAUCAUCCUUGAAAGCGACCUCGUGCAGGUUUGCCGAAUGCACUCCCGGCAUCCUCUCCCUCCUGUGCCAUUAUGUGCAAUUUUUGUGCUGCAUUUUGUGCUGAAUUGUGUGCUCGUAUUUAAAAGCACUUUGUAUGUAUGAUGCAUAUUUCCUAUGCUACUAAAUAUAAAUUUUAAUUGGUGUUACUAUUAUCUGACUAGAUGCCAAUACGUAUCGAUUACAUCAAAUACUGAGUUUGCAUCAAACAUUGGUGUGAUUACAUAAAAGAUAAUGCUAGACCAACGUCAAGUUGUUAAAUGACAACCUAAAGUUUGAUAGCUACGUACUGGUAUUGGACAUGCAGCUGAAUGAAACUGCAGGCACGCAACAUCAAGAUCGGAAUGAGCACUCUAACAGAAAGUGAAACCACUGAAAAUUAGCUUUUUCUUUUCUGGUCCUUCCUGCAUGGUAUUGGUCUGCUUGGAGGGACUCAAUUACUCAGAGCCAUUUUACAUGCUAUGAUUGUCUUUAUGAUUUUCAUGUGUUACCAAGAAUUGACGCUGCAAAAGUCUAUAUAUACAUGGCUGUGUCAUUUGGAAAUGAAAUUAAAGAUAUUCUUAGCAGGACUACUACUUUUAUCUGUUAUUUUAUUCAGAGUUCUAUAUUGGCAUCUUUUUCACGUUGAUGUUUGGUUUUAUUUGGCAGCAGUGCUUCAAGGGAGUUUAUUUGAUUCUGAUGACAAGAUCAGGAUCCUAGCUAGCAAUUUAGCCAGAUCAAAUUUAAGAUCUUUCCUUUCUGAGUUAAUAUUGCAAGCAGAGAUGCUACUUUACAAAGUUCAGCACGAACUUGUUAAUUUUCACUGCUGCAGGUUCUAUAUGGUGCUUCACUUAAUUUUUUUGGCAUGACUUUCAAUUCUGAUAUUGGUAUUGGUAAAGCUUGCCAUGACUCUGAAUUCAGAUGCACUUACUGUACAAAUAUGGACCUGCUCUCCAGUUGACCACUGCUUAUAUUUUGCAUCUUUAUGCAUUUACUGGACAAAUUUGGAUAUUUGUUCAGUUUGUUUAUGUGCAGUUCUAACGGAAGCUAAGAGGGCAAACGAAAAGGCUUAAUAGUUAUCAAUUCAGCUCCAUUUUCUGUAUGGUUUUCAGUUUUUCACAUGGAUUAUGCUCUGCUCUGUUUCAUUUAUGAAAGGAGCGUAACUCAGUUUACACUAAUCUCUUUAACUCGGUGUAUGCAUAUAUUUAUUCUAGCCUGCUAGAUAUAUAUUGCUAGCAUUCAGAAAGUAUCCACGGAAUGCUAUUAUUCAUCUAAAUAUAAUUGUUCAUGUGUUUUUAGGUGCUACUGGUUUAUCUCAUGAAAUGGUCUGAAUAACACUUGAUGUGUGGAAACAUCAAAGCGUGUUAUAUUUUUUUUUACUGAAAGUACUGCCAGGGCUUAGCCCAGCAGUGUGAUUUUCAUUUAUUGAAGGAAUAUUUUACAGGUAAUAUUUACAGGAAAAUACAAGAGAAAAUGAAAAAACUCUAUAAAGAUUGUAACCAAUUAACAAUAGUUUGCUUCAGGGGAUCCUUCAUUCUGCAGAGAUGCAGAAGAAUUUCAUCUGUAAAAAGAGACUUCCAAGAUUGGAAGGUUGGCUGCAAAUUCCUGAAGAUGAGGCCAUUUCGUUGUUUCCAGAUGUGCCAGGCAGCCACGAAGAAGAUUUCCAAAAAACCAGGCUCAUUGAACUGCCACCUUGUAAAAGCUAUCCUUUGGUAAAAUUCAAUAUUAGCAUUCCAUGAAAUUCCCAGAAACUGCCAACAAGCAGUGCUAAAUGGAUAGUUGAAGAUAAGAUGAUCUCUAGUUUCCCUUUGGUUAGUGCUGCACCGUACACAUGAUAGAUCGUCAUCUUCUUUGCAACAAUGUCUCCUAUCCAACAUAUCUCUUGUACUCAAUCUGUCCCAGAAGAAUAACCAAGCAAAGACUUUUAUUUUCAUUACACACUUGGUCUUCCAAAUCCAGAUCAGAGGUCUGUGUGCUUGAAUGGCAGCCAAAUUGAGUUUAUAGAAUCUUUUGGGGGUAAAACAACUGUUAUUCCAAAUGAAACUCCAUGAAUCUCCCCUUCCUUGUUCCAAGUGAAGAUGUGUUAGUUCAUCUUGAAGGUUGAGAUACUCACAAUAGGCUUGAUAAGAGAGUGGUAACUUGAAAGAAUCCUCCAAUGGCCUGGCACACAUAGCUUGUACAAAAUUGUUUUUGUAUAGAGAUGAAGCAUAAA